AUGGUCGCUACCCAUACAGAUCCGACCAUUCUCGGGAGAUCUCUGUUCGAGUUGAGCAUGUGCUACCUCCAUGGAUUCGGAGUUGAAGCAGACCAGGAGAAGAUGCUCGAAUCUUUACGAGAAGCUGCGUCGCUAAAACUUCCUAUGGCCAUGGGAAUUUGCCAUAGAAUACAUCAAUGCUACUCGCGAGAUCUUCCUCAAACCUUAUCUCAUGGCCACCCCAUGCUCGAGGCGGAAGAGCAGUUGAUUAGCCUUCCUGCAGAGAAAUACAUUUUGGCACGUGUUCGAAAGCACGAGGCCUCGUUUCAACAAUCUACUCUACAGAUGCCAUUUGAUCUUUACUUGGACGACGUUCUGAUUGCGAAGGAUCUUAGUUUCGUGCAAAUUGAUGAGCUACAGACUAUCAUUAAAAGGGGGGACAUCAAUAUCUCGUCCUGGGUUGGAAGGGUUUCAUCCCUAGAUUCUACGCAGUUUGGAUCUUUGCUUCACUUAGCAGCACGACUAGGAAGCCUCCCAAUCGUAGAGCUUCUGGUUAAUGCCGGCGCUGAUGUUAACCUUCACUGCGAAGGCUGCGGGACACCUGUAACAGCUGCAUGCCGUGGCGCUAAUUCGGACAAAGUCCGGUUCCUUCUCGCCCUGACUAUGAGGGGCGGCAAUUAUCUGCACACGCACUAG